CACAUUUUCUUUGUUUCUCUACUUAGGUGUUGAAAAAUCUCCUCCAGAACUUUGGAAGGCUGAAUGGACUAAUCAUGAAGAGCUUGAAAGCAAAGUUCAGGAAGAGUGAUACCAAUGAGUGGAACAAGAAUGAUGACCGGCUGCUGCAGGCCGUGGAGAAUGGAGACGCCGAGAAGGUGGCCUCGCUGCUGGGCAAGAAGGGGGCCAGCGCCACCAAGCACGACAGUGAGGGCAAGACUGCCUUUCAUCUUGCUGCUGCAAAAGGACACGUGGAAUGUCUCAGGGUCAUGGUUACACAUGGUGUGGACGUGACAGCCCAGGAUACUACAGGACACAGCGCUUUACACCUCGCAGCUAAGAACAGCCACCACGAGUGCAUCAAGAAGCUCCUACAGUCUAAAUGUCCAGCUGAAAGUAUUGACAGCUCUGGGAAAACAGCUUUACACUACGCAGCUGCGCAGGGCUGCCUUCAAGCCGUGCAAGUUCUCUGUGAGCACAAGAGCCCCAUCAACCUCAAGGAUUUGGAUGGGAAUAUACCACUGCUGCUUGCAGUGCAGAAUGGCCACAGUGAGAUCUGUCGCUUUCUCCUGGAUCAUGGAGCAGAUGUUAAUUCCAGGGACAAAAGUGGAAGAACUGCUCUCAUGCUGGCUUGUGAGAUUGGCAGCUCUGACAUUGUUGAAGCCUUACUUAAAAAGGGUGCAGACCUAAACCUUGUAGAUUCUCUUGGACACAAUGCCUUAUAUUAUUCCAAACUCUCAGAAAAUGCAGGAAUUCAAAGCCUUCUAUUAUCAAAAAUCUCUCAGGAUGCUGAUUUAAAGACCCCGACAAAACCAAAGCAGCAUGAUCAAGUCUCUAAAAUAAGCUCAGAAAGAAGUGGAACUCCAAAAAAACGCAAAGCUCCACCACCUCCUAUCAGUCCUACCCAGUUGAGCGAUGUGUCUUCCUCAAGGUCGAUAACUUCAACACCACUUUCAGGAAAGGAAUCAGUAUUUUUUGUUGAACCACCCUUCAAGGCCGAGAUCAGUUCUAUACGAGAAAACAAAGACAGACUAAGCGACAGUACUACAGGUGCUGACAGCUUAUUGGAUAUAAGUUCUGAAGCUGACCAACAAGAUCUUCUUGUCCUAUUGCAAGCAAAAGUUGCUUCCCUUACCUUACACAAUAAGGAAUUACAAGAUAAAUUACAGGCUAAAUCACCUAAGGAGGCAGAAGCAGACCUAAGCUUUGACUCUUACCAUUCCACCCAAACUGACUUGGCCCCAUCCCUGGGCAAACCUGGUGAGACCUCUCCCCCAGAUGCCAAAUCAUCUCCGUCUGUCUUAACACAUUCCUUAGGUAAAUCCACUGUUGACAGUGAUGUCAGAAUUCAGCAACUACAAGAGAUUUUGCAAGAUUUUCAGAAGAGACUGGAGAGCUCUGAAACAGAAAGAAAACAGUUACAGGCUGAACUCCAGUCCCGAAGGACAGAACUGGUAUGCUUAAACAACACGGAGAUGUCAGAGAAUGGCUCUGAUCUCAGCCAGAAACUUAAGGAAACUCAGAGCAAGUACGAGGAGGCCAUGAAAGAAGUCCUCAGUGUGCAGAAGCAGAUGAAACUGGGUCUUGUCGCCCCUGAGAGUGUGGAGAGUUAUUCACAUCUCUGCGAGCUGAGGGUCUCUGAGGAGGAGAUAGAUGCCCUAAGGCAGGAUCUGCAGAAGGCAUUAGAAGAGAGUGAAAGAAAUAAAGAGAAAGUGAGAGAGUUAGAGGGAAAACUUGCAGAGAGGGAGAAAGGUACAGUGGCUAAGCCGCCUGCAGAAGAAUAUGAGGAAAUGAAAAGUUCAUAUUGCUCUGUUAUUGAGAACAUGAAUAAAGAGAAAGCAUUUUUGUUUGAGAAAUACCAAGAGGCCCAAGAAGAAAUCAUGAAAUUAAAAGACACGCUAAAAAGUCAGGUGACACAGGAAGCCAGUGACGAAGCUGGGGACAUGAAAGAGGCCAUGAAUAGGAUGAUAGAUGAACUCAAUAAACAGGUGAGCGAGCUGUCACAGCUGUACAAAGAAGCCCAGGCUGAGCUGGAGGAUUAUAGGAAGAGGAAAUCUUUAGAGGACGUAACGGCCGAAUACAUCCAUAAGGCAGAGCAUGAGAAAUUGAUGCAGGUGACAAACAUGUCCAGGGCUAAAGCGGAAGAUGCACUGUCCGAAAUGAAGUCUCAGUAUUCUAGAGUGUUGAAUGAGUUGACCCAGCUCAAACAGCUGGUGGAUGCGCAGAAAGAGAACUCUGUCUCCAUCACAGAACAUUUGCAAGUGAUAACCACGCUGCGCACUGCUGCAAAAGACAUGGAAGAAAAAAUAAGCAGUCUGAAAGAGCACCUUGCAAACAAAGAAGUGGAAGUGGCUAAGCUAGAGAAACAGCUCCUAGAGGAGAAAGCCGCGAUGACGGAUGCAAUGGUGCCCAGGUCUUCCUAUGAAAAGCUCCAAUCGUCCUUAGAGAGCGAAGUGAGUGUCCUGGCUUCAAAAUUAAAGGAUUCAGUAAAAGAGAAAGAAAAGGUCUAUUCAGAGGUUGCCCAGAUUAGAAGUGAGGUCUCUCAAGUAAAAAGAGAAAAGGAACAUAUUCAGACUCUCUUGAAAUCCAAAGAACAAGAAGUAAAUGACCUUCUGCAGAAAUUCCAACAGGCUCAGGAAGAACUUGCAGAAAUGAAAAGAUAUUCUGAGAGCUCUUCUAAAUUGGAGGAGGAUAAAGAUAAAAAGAUAAAUGAGAUGUCAAAGGAAGUCACCAAAUUGAAGGAGGCACUGAACAGCCUGUCGCAGCUCUCCUACUCAACAAGCUCAUCCAAAAGACAGAGUCAGCAGUUGGAUGCACUGCAGCAGCAGGUCAAGCAGCUCCAGACCCAGCUGGCUGAAUGUAAGAAACAACACCAGGAGGUCAUAUCGGUUUACAGAAUGCAUCUUCUAUAUGCUGUGCAGGGCCAGAUGGAUGAAGAUGUCCAGAAAGUACUGAAGCAAAUCCUUACCAUGUGUAAAAACCAGUCUCAGAAGAAGUAAAGUGGAUUCCUUGGCAGGACACUGCCCCCUUGUUGUCCAUCUUUGUGAUCCAGAGUUGUUGGCAACCACUGCCAUCAUUCUCACUUGUGGUAUGCACUGUGACCUAGCAUGGCCUCUUCCCUUUCCAAAGGUUUCUGAGUACUGCUCCCAGGAGAAGACAGCCCUCCUAGGAACUGCCUGGAUUUCAAACCAGCAGAGGUGAAAUUCUCUGUCAUCCCUUCAGUUUCCAGGGCUGGGAUGUGGCACCCUCCUCGGUAGCUGACCACCUGAGUGGUUCCAUUACCACUGAACGACACACAGAGGUUCAAUACUGCUUCUGUUCCUGUACUGGGGCUGUGCUCAUCAGCACAGGAGAGCUCUUUUGAGCUUUGGCUUCCAAUCUCAAAAACAUAAUUUGCUUUUUAACCAAAUUAGUGUGGCAUUAGUUACGAAGCGCAUGCUUAAGACCCUUUAUCAUGUUAUCCUGUGGAUUUAAAAUCUCUAAUUCUGUCUCAUCCCCUCAUCUACCUUACAUAUCUCAUUACCCUGCUUAUCAAUCUCAUAGUUUGAUGAGCACUCUUAACUGAAGUUUAAGGCAAAUUGUCCUUAGUAAGUUGUUUUUUUUUAAGUAAAUUGAAAUUGUCUAUGCAAACUUGCCUCCUGCUUGAAGCUCAGGAAACCCAGACGUUUUGUGUUUCAACAAGGGACAGUGAACUGCAUGUUUACAGCCAAAAGAAAUGCCUCAUAGUUCCUAACCUCAAUUUUUUUAAAAGUGUUUUUCCUCUGUAAUAUUUUUAUUGGCUCUUGAAGAUGUUUUCAUAUCUAAACCCCUAAAUAAGUAAAAUUACAUUAGAUAAUAUUAACAAAAUAUUUUUUAGGUAAUCAUGCUUAGGACUUUUUAAAAAUAUAACUUUCUCCUCAAAGUUUUCCACAAUAGCUAAAGGUAGUUAUGUAUUCCAGACUUGAGCUGCCACCAGUAUCCCUAGGACUUUCUGCCAUUGUGUCCUCAAAACUGUAGCGCAUUUCUGAAUAUACUAAAUACUUUUUUAUGCGUUGAAUAUUUUGAACGUCCUGGCUAUAUCAGCACCCAUAAACUAUCUCUGAAAGGACUGUUAGUACCAGUUUUCCAGCUUUGAAACUAAAAACCCUGAUAUAACAUGGCGUAUAAGUCUUGGGGGGAAAUAUUUCUGUUCACUUUACUUUCAGGUUAAAAAUGUCCCUAGCUUGCUUGCAGCCUCCUGUAUACCAUUGAUUUUGUGGAGGGAGAUAAACAGAAUACAGAAAGCUCCAAAAUAUUUAACUAGAAGUGGAGGGCCCCUUAUGACAGGGCCACACACUGCAGUGCUGCCCAGUCUUAGAGGGUACUCGGCUCUGCUGGAUGAUGUGUUCAUCUGUAUUGGAUGAGGACCAACGACAGCAAAAAUGGUUUUAAAGCUUGGUGUUACUUUUCUUAAGUUGUUUAAUUGCAAUUAAGCAAUUUCAAAAAUGCUCCAAAGAAAUGUGAAAGGACUUUUUUGUCACAUUACAAAUGCAAAACAACCCGCCCCCUGGCCCCCCCCGCACAGAAAUGCUGCAGAGUAUAAAACUUGAGACAUUUUGUAGGAUGCCUGACAAAGUGUAGCCUUUUAUCUUGUUUCAGGAUGUGUAUUUAUUACAAGUACUCUGGUUAAAUAUUGAAAAGGUAUAUGCUGUAGUUUAGUAUUUUGUCUUUGUAAUUUUAAGAAGUUAUUGCAGAAAAAUAAACGUUUCAUUUUG